CCCAAAACCUGGGGCUCCGACGCCCUAGCCUUCAAACCAACGCGAUGGCUUACACCUCAGACAUCACCAUCAUCAUCACCACCGCAACCUCACAUCCAACCUCCCCGCGGCGCAUUCCUCCCCUGGUCCUCAGGCCCCAGCACCUGUCCAGGCCAGAAAAUGGCCCAAGUCGAAUUCGUCACCGUCAUCGCGACGCUCUUUCAUGAAUGUACCGUCGAGUCCGUCCUUGAAGACGAUAGUAGUAGCCGUGAACCAGCAACCGAGAACGCGACCAAGGCUAGACAGGGACUUUUAGACUUGAUGCAGGAUAGUCAGCCUAGGUUGACGUUGCAGAUGAAUCGUCCCAAGGAUGUGCGGCUACGGUGGACGAGACGGUAAAGGAGGCUAGGUAAGGGGUACAUAUCGACAAAGGCCACAGGAUAC